ACAAUUGUGGUGGAAUGGGCGGAACUGAUCAUUGUAUUGCACACCUCUAAAAAAAACACUGCCUCUGAUUUAUCAAUAUAAAAAAGAUCCUCUGAGAGGAGGGCACUUUUGUGUGAUGGCAACUUCACUUCUAGGGGUGAGUCUAAGGAUUUUUUCUCUUGCUGGUUUAAUUAGUUUCUUUUUAUUGUCGAUUGGAGGGGGUUAAAAUAGCCCCUGUCUUGACCAGGGCUAUCAGUCGCCUCUAUUGAGGUUUUUUUUUUCUUAAGUACAAGUGAGUUUAGGAGAAAAGAAAGGGGGGGGGGGGGGAAGGGGCCAGAGUCACUUUUCAGUGUGCAGGAAAAGGUUUUUAAGGGCAUUUGUAGAAGCAACCUACAGCGCCCGGGCUGUGCUGUUCCUGCAUCCCCGGUGAAGUGUCCUCUCUUCUUUACAUGUGACUGCUGGAGGAAAAAAAAAAAGCACUUUUCCCGUCCGUGCGCAAUUGCUAGUUUGCAACAGAUUGCGGUUUUCUUUUUCCCUUUAACAUUUUUCAGCCCGUCGCGUCCAGCAGGAAGAACCGAGGUUAGGCUCGACUCCUUUGGCCAUGCUCGCCGCCACCUGCAAUAAGAUCGGCAGCCCCAGCCCGUCUCCCUCGUCCCUCUCGGACAGCGCGUCCUCCUUCGGCAAAGGCUUCCACCCCUGGAAACGCUCCUCCUCCUCCUCGGGCAGCUGCAACGCGGUGGGCUCCAGCCUGUCGGGCUUCGGGGUGGCGGGCGCUUCUCGGAACGGCUCCUCGGCGGCGGCGGCUGCAGCGGCGGCCGCGGCGGCGGCGGCCGCCCUGGUCUCGGACUCCUUCAGCUGCGGCGGCUCGCCGGGCUCCAGCGCCUUCUCGCUGACCUCCAGCAGCGCUGCCGCCGCCAGCUCGCCCUUCGCCAACGACUACUCCGUCUUCCAGGCGCCCGUGAGCUCCGGGGGCGGCGGCGGCGGCGGCGGCUCGUCCCAGGAGGCGGCCGCGCACCAGCCCGUCUUCCUCUCCAAGGUGCACACGUCGGUGGACGGGCUGCAGGGCAUCUACCCGCGCGUGGGCAUGGCGCACCCCUACGAGUCCUGGUUCAAGCCCUCGCACCCGGGCCUGGGCGCCGGCGAGGUGGGCUCGGCCGGCGCCUCCAGCUGGUGGGACGUGGGCGCCGGCUGGAUCGACGUGCAGAACCCCAACGGGGCGGCGGCGCUGCAGGGCUCCCUGCACCCGGCCGCCGGGGGGCUCCAGACCUCGCUGCACUCGCCGCUGGGCGGCUACAACUCGGAUUACUCGGGCCUGGGCCACUCGGCCUUCAGCAGCGGCGCCUCCUCGCACCUGCUCAGCCCCGCCGGGCAGCACCUCAUGGACGGAUUUAAGCCCGUGCUGCCCGGCUCCUAUCCGGACUCGGCCCCCUCGCCGCUGGCCGGCGCCGGGGGCUCCAUGCUGAGCGGGGGCCCCGCCGCGCCGCUGGGGGGCUCGCCCCGCUCCUCAGCCCGCCGCUACUCCGGCCGGGCCACCUGCGACUGCCCCAACUGCCAGGAGGCGGAGCGGCUGGGGCCGGCCGGGGCCAGCCUGCGGCGCAAGGGGCUGCACAGCUGCCACAUCCCGGGCUGCGGCAAGGUCUACGGCAAGACGUCGCACCUGAAGGCGCAUCUGCGCUGGCACACGGGCGAGCGGCCCUUCGUCUGCAACUGGCUCUUCUGCGGCAAGCGCUUCACCCGCUCGGACGAGCUGCAGCGGCACCUGCGGACCCACACGGGCGAGAAGCGCUUCGCCUGCCCCGUCUGCAACAAGCGCUUCAUGCGCAGCGACCACCUCAGCAAGCACGUGAAGACCCACAGCGGCGGCGGCGGCGGGGGCGCAGGGGGCGGCGGCGGGGGCGGCUCCGGCAGCGGGGGCAAGAAGGGCAGCGACACCGACAGCGAGCACAGCGUGGCGGGCAGCCCCCCGUGCCACUCCCCGGAGCUGCUGCAGCCGCCGGAGCCCGGCCACCGGAACGGCUUGGAGUGAAGGCUGCGGCGGGGGGCGGGGGAGACGCUGGGGCUGGGCGCUCUCCCCCGCUGCCCCGCGGGAGUAACUGUGUAAAGGGGCCAUGGACAUGUAAGUAACGUGCACUGUUUUCACGGACACUCUCCCCAGGGCCUCCCUUCCCCGCAGCUUCAGCUCCUGUCUCGGUGCCGGGCCCCCGGGCAGCCCCCUCCAAGCGCGCUUCGCUCGCACGUGGGUUAAGGGGAAAAUGGGGCCGGACAAGAAAAGCCCUAGGGGAAAAGCGGCCAAGGAGGAGGCAGAUCGGGACAAACUAGCGUGAGAUGGGGGCCAGCGUAGUGUGUCUCAUUGAGAAAGUUGGGGGCCGAAAGCGCCCGGUGCUGCCACUUGAAGCACUUGGGUGAAAAUGGGAUUGGAGACUUUUCUUUCCAAAAAAACCCAACAAAAAACUAAAUAGAAAAAAAACCCUUCCGUGUUUAUUUAAAAAUCACGUGCUCUGCAGCUGUUAAAUGCCUAACGUAAUCGCCAUUUCACAGGUCAAGAGCUUUUUACGCGUAUAAAUAAUCAUUUUAAAAAACCAACCUACCCCAACCAUCAAAGAGAUACGCCUGGGAGCAAUUCAAAGUUGCCGAAGAAGAGGCACAUCUUGCGGGCUUGUUUGCUGGCGAUGGAGGGAAUGAUUUUGGAGUGUUAUAACUAUAAUUUCAAAGUUUUUUUUAGAAACACAUUUUGCAAUUGUUGUUUUUGAAACACGGCGCUAAUAUUGAAUUUAAAACGAUCCCGAGCUAAUCAUAUAUUUUAAAAAAAGCACUGCUUUCCAGUGAGACCAGCGUGACUGUGUUUGUCCUUUUGAAAAAUAGAUUUCAACCCCACUUUCCAAAUUUAAUCUCGUUUGCUAGUCCACCCGUCCAUUUGUAUAGUCCCGUUUCUGUACAUUCACACGGUACACGGAAAAUAAUUAGGAUUAAAUUUAUUUUUUGGUAAUUAAAUUCAAAUCCAGUGAAGAAGCAUCCUUGGUUUCAAGCGAAGCUGUAGAUCGAAUGCCAAAAAGAGGAUGAUGG